AUGGAUAGUGGAGACAGGAUUUUGGUGGCCGCGGGGCUCACCGCCGCUGUAGUUGUCGGAGCCUUCGUUCUGUGGGGUCCUGGUGGGGCUCCGAAGGUGCGCAAAAGACGCGGACAGAUCGCUGGCCUGCAGAACCUGGGAAGGACUUGCUUUCUCAAUACAUUGCUGCAGGCACUCGCCGCCUGUCCCACUUUCAUUGAAUGGCUCAAAAAGUAUGCAAAGGCUGAUGGGCACAACAGUAUGAUCACUACAUUGUAUACAGUCAUUGAAGUCGUAAAUGGCACACAUGAAUCUGCCCGUGGCACUCCCGUAUGUCCACUGGGAGUGCUGCAGGCGCUGCGUGCGGCUGGGUGGGUGGUGCCCGCAGACCAGCAAGAUGCACAUGAACUGCUGCAUGUGUUACUGUCCUGCAUCGAGGAAGAGACCAAUAGCAUGUCUAAAAAGCCUGGCUGCCUGUCAGACGCGCUGGGUCUGGGCGGGAGUCGCGCGUGGUCUGCGCUGGCGUCCCCCGCAUCCCCGCCCGCCGCGCCGCACCCGCUGCGCGCUGACUCCACGCCGCCCACUCCGUCCACGCUCUCUAUAAGGCCUGCGUCGGCAGCACCUGCUGAUGAACCAGACCUUAUUGAGCCAGAGCCAAUGAUGGAGCCCCCGCGCCUGACGAAGGGUGUGUCUCGUUCGCUGUGCCACCUGAGCUCGGUGGGGCGGCGCUGGGUGACGCCGGCGGUGGCGCGGCCCCCCCCCGCGCCCCCCUUCCGCGGCACCCUCGCCUCACGCCUGCAGUGCACUGUCUGCUCCCACAAGAGUCCGAUCCGGUACGACAAGUUUGACAGCAUCUCGUUGUCCAUGGCCAACGCAAGUAUUAGUGUCAACGGCGCAUACAGUCUCGCGGGCCUGCUCCGUGCCUUCACUGCGCCGGAGAUGGUGAAGGGCGUGCGCUGCAGCAAGUGUUGCCCCGACCCCGCGCCCUCCGCGCCCCCCGCCGACCCCGCGCACCCCGCCCCCGCCUCGGCGUACACCAAGCACAUACGGACUGUUAGCUUCGGGAAGCUGCCAUACUGCCUGUGCCUGCACAUCGGUCGCGUGGAGUGGCUGGGCGGAGCGCUGAACAAGCGCGGGGAGUUCGUGGCCUUCCCAGAGACACUCAACAUGGCGCCCUACUCCGCCGUGCAGCAGCCCAAGCAAGUGGACCUGCUGUCCCUGGUGGGCGAGGGCCGGCUCCGCGCGGGCCUGUCGGUGCUGUCGGCGGAGGGCGGGGCGGCGGGGGGCGAGGCCGCCGCGCUGUACCGGCUCAGCGCCGCCGUGCUACACGUCGGGGGCCCACGCUCCGGCCACUUCGCCACCUACCGACGCGGGAACGGGUUCGAGGCCAAGAGAUGGUGGUACACAUCGGAUACGCUAGUACACGAGGUGUCCCUGCAGGAGGUGCUCCGAUGCUCUGCCUACAUGUUGUUCUACGAGCGCGUGCGGCCGGAGCCCGGGAUGACUGCCUCGGCCAACUCGCACCACUUCUAG